AUGGCGCCAGUGGGUGACGCCGAUAGGACGGUGGCUAUGCCCCGUUUAGAGGACAUCCUCCGACACCCCGAGGACCUCGACAAGAUAAACGGAUUGAAAGCCGAAUACACACGAAAGAAAGCAGCUGUCGACGCACAGCUCCGCGAAGGUCUCCGAGACCAACUAGCAUCUGUUCAACGGAGCCUCGGCGCCCUCACGGAAGGACAGCGCCAGGUAUCGAAGACGAGAGAUGAACUCCAGGGAAUCGACCGGCUAUGCGCAGAGUCGCAGAACAGUGUCGAUGACUUCUCACGGAUUGACUACCUUGCUAAGAUUCAGCGCAACUUCGAAGCGACCUUAACUAUGAAGAAGGGACUGGAGAACUUUAGCACGGAUCUGGCAGAGAUAGAGGAGCUUUUGCGGGAGGACGACGAGGAGCUUGAGGACCAGCCUAAUCUCCUCCGGGUGCAUAUGCGGAUUUCUCGACUACGUGAUUUCCGAGACGAGGCGAUGGAUCAGGUGCGCAGGGCGCAGGACCCUAGUAAUGAGGCUACUUUGGAGGAAUACUUCCAGGGUUUGGAUUCUGUGAUUGACUGGUUUGACGACCACCUUGGGACGUUAUGUAUGAACCUCAUUCCUCUCGUGCAGAGUGAUAACCCCGGUAUGGUGGUUCGACUAGCAAUCGUUGUGAUGAACGAGGAGAAGAAUGACGAGACGGUUAGAGCAUUGCAAGAGGCGCAAAAGGACCACCAGGACCUAGCUGGCCGAUUCAAGUCGAUGAAUGUCGGCCCCAAGACUGUCAGAGGAUACAAGGAGAAAUUCAUCCAAGCGAUCGAAUUCUACGCGCAGAAUCAGUUCGAGGAAACCAAGGAAGAAUUCUUUGGAGACCCCGAAGGUUUGGACAAGAGUUUCCGGUGGUUCUUUAACGACCUCUUUGUUGUACAGCAGGGCAUGCAGUCUCUGAUUCCGAAGAAGUGGAAGAUCUUCAAAACCUAUACUGAUAUUUACCACCGCAUGAUGCACGAUUUCGUCAUUGGUCUGGUUGAUGAUCCUGAGUUGCCAGCUGACAAUCUACUUGCCAUUCUCCACUGGAGAGAGAGGUACUAUAAGAAGAUGAAGAAGCUUGGUUGGAAGCCGUCUGAUCUUGAGUUUGAUAUUCUGGAUAACCGCGAGCCCGAUCUCAUUCGGCGGUGGCAGAAUGUUAUCAUCAACGCCGUCGAAGAAUGGAUGGAUCGAAUCAUGGAGACGGAUAGAAAGGCACUUACAGGGCGGAUUCCAGACUCACUUGAAACAACUUCCGAGGGUUAUUUCCGAACUCGUACGCUCGCAGAUAUGUGGCGAAUGCUUCACGAACAGAUCACCGCGUCUAGUUCAUCUUCGCGCCCUGACCUACUGGAGGGCAUCAUGGAUGCGAUGUUCCGAGUCUUGAAGACUCGCCAAACAGCCUGGCAGACCCUCAUCGAGGAGGAAUGCGCCAAAUACAAGGCCCCUGGUGGCGAUCAGCUUGACGGAUUACAGUUGCUGCAAGACUGGCUGGUAGCUGUCGCCAAUGACCAGAUUGCCUGCAUCGACGAUAAUGAGGAAACUGGACAAUUUGGACACUUGACACGAUUCCGGCGCGAUAUCGAGCAGUAUGUCGAUCCGAAUUAUAUGACCUCCCGGGCGGUUCCCGAACUGGAUUCUCUCCGAGAUGGCUACGUCGAUUUAAGUACCUACUGCCUUUCCCAAUUUGUGGACGUUAUUUUCUCGGUCGACUUGCGUGCUGCAAUCAGUGAGCUUUUCAGCCAAAAAUGGUAUGGAGAUUUCGCUGUGAAGCGGAUUACAUCUACAUUCGAUGAUUACAUGGCCGAUUACUCUCCCGUGCUUCACCCGUCGCUCUCAGAUAUCCUUGUUGAAGAGCUUGCAGACGAACUCCUGGUCAGGUACCUCUCCUCUGUGCGCAACAGGGGCGUCAAAUUCCGUCGACAUUCCGACCCAUACACGGACAAGUUCAAGGACGAUGUCCUCACAGUCUUCGGUUUCUUCGAGAAAUACCCAGACUCCUUUGCACCCAUCAAGCAGAAAUGGCGACUUGUCGACUGGCUGGUCCGACUUCUCGAGGCGGAGAAGGGCCCGCCGGUGGUUACUAUCUAUGAAGACUUCAAAACCGAGUACUGGGAUCUGCAGCUUUCGUGGGUCGAGACGGUUCUCAGAACGAGAGAUGACUUUGAGCGGAGUAUGGUCACUGCUGUCAAGGCCAAGGCUGCGGAGUUGUCCGUCGAACGAGGGACGGAAACUCUUAUGAGUAGGAUACGUUGA